AUGUUCCAAGAAAAGGAGGUUCUUCCGUUGCUUGAGUUUAUAUGUAAUCUGCGUUGGGUGUGCUCAUAUGCUGUACAGAAACUUGAUCCUGUUGUGGAAUCACAUUAUCUUCACAUCAUUGAACAAGUGAGAAUAGUGGAAUCUCUGAUUUCACGAUCAUUCGCUACAGUGGGAUCUACGGUAGAAGUACCAAGAGAAGCUAUUACUCUAGCUCAGGAGGGUAUUGUUUAUCUUUUAGUUGCAGAAGGAGUACUCGGUCAUUGUCCACCUACCAUGCAUUCAUUUCUUCUACGUGCUACAGCACCAGUGAGUUCUAUUCUCUCAACGGAAUAUACAACCAGUAGUAACAAUUCUACUGUAACACAGUUAAAUGGUGAAAGAAGUGAAUAUCAAGCCCAUUUUUUAUCUCUUCGUUGGCUUAUUGCUGAAGGUCUUUUAACCGAAGAAGAGUUGUUAGAUGCGCUGGGAGAUGGAAUUGAAACUUCUUCACGGAGUCAACAGAGUCGAUUUGAUUUACAUGUCUCUAUGGCUAAAGGUAUGAUAGCUAGAACACAUUUUGCUUUAGGGGCACAUAUUGCUAUUACCCGUUCUUUGUUACUUCACCAUUGUUGUACACUUCUCUCAGUGGAGAAUAUCAUUACACAUGUUCGUUUUAUUGAUCCUACAUGCAAUGGAGAGUUAAAAGGUAUGGAAGAAGCCUUAUUGUUUUGGAUAUUUCAUGUGUUAAAGGAAAUGUAUAAGAAAAAGAUUCUGGAUAAAAGUUUCUAUGAUGCUGCUUUGAAUGAUCUUGGUAAAUCUUUGUAUGAUUCUCUCCAAAGUGGAGUAUUACUUGGGCUUACUAUACAUUUUUAUCAACCAAAAAUGCUUCCACUUAGUAAUAUUACUACUUUAAACUGUGGUGGUGAUAUUACUCAGAGAGAAGUAAAACAAAAAUGGGCUCUUCAUAACUGGGGAGUCGUAUUACGUGUUGCAGAGGAACUUGGAUUAUCUCCAGGCAUCUUUGCAGAUGAAGUAGAACAGUACGGAGCCGUCAUGCUUCAAUUACAUGUACUUCGUUUUGUUCAAGAGUUGUUCGCUCUUCUCGCAACGCAGGCAGAAGACUUGUUAGAAGCUGGUGGAAGUGAUACGGUACCCUCAUUUACACUUUCAGUCAUAUCUCAACAAGGUAAUAGUGAGGAAUCUUUAAGUGCCUAUCCUUCCGUAUAUAAAGGAAAGGAUAAUAUGGUCUCUGACUCUCCAGUCGUUUUAAAUUCCUCGUGUGAAAAAGUAAAUAAAAUGACAGACUCACACUAUGAUAAUAGUGAUGAUGGUAAUAAUAAUAAUAAUAAUAAUAAUAAUAAUAAUAAUAAUAAUAAUAGUGAAAAUAAGUCAGAAGAUGAUAAUGAUCCAUUUAAUAACAGUAAUUUCCCUUCAGCCCACAGCCGACGGCAGUAUGACGUUAUGAUGACAAGUCUACAUUUACGUGGUCUAUCGGUUCGGGUAACUCCUGUGAAAUCCGACGGUAGUCCAUUACGAUCACGCACAUCAGCUGCAGGAGUAAUGAUUCUUCCAACCAGUUCUAGUAGUAAAGAAUCUUUUCCACUUAAUGUAAUCCCUCAAAAUAAGAUUGUAGAUAAUCGAAAUUUAAAUGAUAAAUCAAAAACGAAUGAUACAAAUACAUCCAUUGAUAAACAAAGUAAUAAAAAUUUUGGGAAGGAAAUACAAGCUAAAAAAAACACUAUCUCACUAGUAUCAGAUCAUUUAGUUUCCUCUCGUAUUCCUAGUGGCCAUGGUGAUAGUAACAGCGUAAUUGUUACCCUUGUUUCUAAUAAUGAAGGUUCUUCUACGACAUCUUUUAUGGAAAGAGCAAAGAGUAUUAGUAAUCGAUAUGCAUCGGUAUCAUAUCCCCCAGAAGGAAAUUUAAAUAAAUCAUGUAAUAAUUCUACUGUUGGAAUAGAUCUUACUCGUAGUGUGAAAAUGGGAACUUCAUGUACAACAAGUGAAAGUUCUUUCCCUGUUAAUUCUAUAGGAAGACCACCAGGUGACUCAUUCCAUACUCGUGAAGAAAGAAUUGAAUCUAUUCCUGUGAUUUCAUCUAUUCACCAAUCGCUUGUAUUAGGGGAGUUAGAUACCGAUAGUCACGGUAUAUCCCCUCUUACCCCAGAUAUAUUGAUGGAGCCAAGUGUGAAGAUGGUGGAAACAAAUCUUUGUGCAUCUUUUAGUGAAAACCCAACUUCUUUGAAAAGUGAAAAAGAACAUCGAUCCUUCACAAGACCUGUGUUUGACAGUACAAUUACUAUGAAAGAAGAAGAAGAAGAACAAGAAGAGGAAGAAGAAGAAGUUAUACAUGAUAUAUCUAUGAUAGAUCCCUCACUUAUUGCUAUCAAUGGGGAUCGUAGUACUCUUUUACAGGCAUUAGGGAAACAACAAGUGUUGAUUCAACACUUGUCAAAAAAACUUCAAGAAGUUGGGAUAGAAAGUAAUUCUAUUCAUAAUUUGGAGAAAAUAUUGGGAGAUGAGGGAGUCUUUAGUACGGAUGAGAGUUUGAAAUCAACGCAUUUGUUUCUCCCCAGCAAUGUGGACACUCAAACGGUUGAUAGUGGACAAUUUGCUGAGACAGAUAUUUCCUCUAACCCUGAUGACUUUUUCGAUCGUGAGGGGUCUUAUUUGGACUGUUGA